CUUGACCUCUACUUGCUUAGGGACAAGGCUAGGCUGUAUUUACUCUGUCUUGCCUGAUCAACAGGCAUAGGAGCCCAGCUAAGCUUAGCCAGGCAGUGGGCACCAUGGCCCAAACCGGCGUGCUCCUGACCAAGGAGCCAGCCCCACAGUCAAUAGAUGUCUGUGAGCUUCCACGCAAAGAAUAUGAUGUGGCCUGCAAUACUGGGGCCUACACGUCCUCGGGUCUGGCCACCGCUGGCUUCCGCACUGCCAAAUACCUGAUGGACGAGUGGUUUCAGAACUCUUACGCCCGCUAUCACCAGGCCUUCGCAGACCGGGACUACUCUGAGAGGCAGCGGCAUGAGAGCAGGCAGCUGGCAGCCGAGACUGGGGCACUGGCCCAACGCACGCAACUUGACUCCACAAGAAAGGUGGGAGAGCGCCUGGAGGACAUGCAUUGCUGGAAGUCAGAGCUGCAGCGAGAGAUAGACGAGCUGUCUUCUGAGACGGACCUGAUGAUGGCCCAGAAGCUGCGGCUACAGCGCGCCUUGGAUGCCACCUCCGUGCCCUACUCCAUUGCUACUGACAACCUACAGUGCCGAGAACGCCGCCAGCACCCAGACCUUGCCCGGGACUACGUGGAGGUGGAGCUGCUGAAGGAAACUGAGCUCAUCAGGAACAUCCAGGAACUCCUGAAGAGGACGAUGGGACAAGCCGUGGGCCAGAUACGGCUGAACAGGGAACAUAAGGAGUCGUGUGAGAUGAACUGGUCAGACAAAGUGGAAGUCUAUAACAUUGACGAUACCUGCGCCCGCUACACCAACGAGAGCACCCAGGUGCAGUUCUAUCCGCAUUCCAGCAAGUUCGAGGAGAGUGCCUCCACGCCCGAGACGUGGGCCAAGUUCAAUCAAGACAACCUGCUUCGAGCCGAGCGCGAGCGGCUAGCCUCGGUUAACCUGAGGAAGUUAAUUGACUGCAUCUUGCGGGAUACGGCCGAGGACCUGCGGCUACAGUGCGAUGCAGUGAACGCGGCCUUCUCAAGCCGCUGCCAAGAGCUGGACGACGCACUCCAGAAGCUGCAGCACCACCUUCGAAAGACCCUGAGGGAGAUCACGGACCAGGAACACCAGAUUGCAGCCUUGAAGCAGGCCAUCAAGGACAAGGAGGCCCCUCUGCGUGUGGCCCAGACUCGCCUUUACCAGCGGUCACACCGGCCCAAUGUGGAGCUGUGCCGGGACAAUGCCCAGUUCAGGUUGCUGAGCGAGGUGGAGGAGCUGAACAUGUCCCUCAGAGUGUUAAAGGAGAAGCUUCAGGAUGCGGAGCAGGCACUGCGGAACCUGGAGGACUCACGCAUGAGUCUGGAGAAGGACAUCGCAGUCAAGACCAACAGCCUCUUCAUCGACCGCCAGAAGUGUAUGACCCACCGCAACCGCUACCCCAGUGUCCUCCAGCUGGCUGGCUACCAGUGACUGGGGCUGGCACCUGGCCUCACUGCCUCAUUCAAAUAAAGAGCUCUUUAG